AUGUGUCCCGCAGACCCAGCCUUCGAAGGGCAGCAUUUUAAAGAUCCCUACGAAAGAUUUAUGUAUCAACAUCUCCAGUACUAUGGCUACUUCAGAGGUGAUGAACAAGCUCUUCAGAACUCCUCUUUGCCUCUUGAGAACUGGGAGAAGAGCUCUCAGUACAUGUUAAAGCCAAGCAACUUCCAAAAGAGGGUUAGCUCAGAACUUCAUGAAGACAAGAAGCUACUCUGUUCAUUUAUGGUGAAGACAGCGCUUCUUAAAAGCAAGCAACUUAUGCUUGACCAUCCAGCAGAUCCUGGUGUUCUGCGCUUACGAGAACCUCGGAACCUUUUUUCUCUUCCGAACUGUAAAGAUUCACUUUUGGCCCCACGUUGGCCAAUAGAAUGUGAAGUAAUCCAGGAUCACAUCCACCACAUUGAGUGGGUUCCUACUGAACCUGAACCUUUCUAUCAGCCAACAGGAAAUGAAACAGCGCCACAAGUAAUGGGAGAGGAGUAUGGAACUAUUGUUUACUACAUAGAACCAGCCAUCAAGGGUACCUUUUUCACCAGUUCCCGAGUUGGAGGGACACAAGAGCCCAUGAAGUCAGCUGCAAUGAGCUUAAGAGGUCCAGAAGAUACUAAAUUGUGGUUUGAAUCACGCUUUGAGAGUGGGAACCUCCAGAAAGCUGUCAGGGUAGGCGAGUAUGAAUAUGAGCUCACGUUGCGAACGGAUCUUUAUACCAGCAAGCAUACGCAAUGGUUCUACUUUCAAGUACAAAAUACGAGGAAGGCUGUCACCUAUCGCUUCACCAUUGUCAAUUUGAUGAAAUCCAAGAGUCUCUACAGCAUGGGAAUGAAGCCUCUCCUAUACUCUCAGAAGGAUGCGGAACGUAAUGGUAUUGGCUGGAGAAGAGAGGGUAGUGAUAUCGGAUAUUAUAAAUAUAACACAAAGGAUGGUCAGACAUUGUAUUGCCUCACCUGGACAGUGUGUUUUCCACACAGCCAUGACACAUGUUAUUUUGCUCAUUUCUAUCCAUACACAUAUUCUGACUUGCAGCACUACCUCUUGACUUUAGUAAAUGAUCCUCUCCGUUCUCAGUAUUGCAAAGUUCGCCCUCUGUGCAACAGUCUAGCUGGGAACACAGUAUACCUCCUCACCAUUACCAAUCCAUCCAAGAGCUCCGUUGCUGCUGCUGCAAAGAGAGCUGUUGUGUUAAGUGCCCGGGUCCAUCCUGGGGAGACAAAUAGUUCCUGGGUGAUGAGAGGCUUCCUGGAUUUCAUCUUAAGUGAUUCUCUUGACGCUCAGCUCCUCCGGGAUCUCUUCAUAUUCAAGAUUGUGCCCAUGCUAAACCCUGAUGGGGUGAUUGUUGGGAACUACCGUUGCUCGCUGGCAGGAAGGGACUUGAACAGGAACUACAGGACAGUAUUAAAGGAAUCUUUCCCCUGCAUUUGGCACACUCGGGCCAUGAUCAAGAGAGUCCUUGAGGAACGGGAAAUUCUGCUGUAUUGUGACUUCCAUGGGCACAGCCGCAAGAACAAUGUCUUCAUGUAUGGCUGCAACAGGAAACAUGUGUCAGAGCAGCUGCUCCAUGAACGGGUCUUUCCUCUUAUGCUGAGCAAGAAUAUUCCUGACAAGUUUUCUUUCAACAGCUGCAAAUUUAAGGUCCAAAAGAAUAAGGAAGGAACAGGACGGAUUGUGAUGUGGAGAAUGGGAAUAAUGAAUAGUUACACCAUGGAAUCCACAUUCAGUGGAUCGACACUGGGCAAUAAGUGUAACUCCCAUUUUACUCAUGAGGACCUCAAAUCUCUAGGCUAUCACGUCUGUGACACCUUAUUGGACUUUUGUGACCCUGAUCGUUCCAAGUUUCAGCAAUGUUUGAGUGAACUACAGGAGCUAUUGCAGCAAAAAAUCCAGAGGAAGCUCUCAGAGUUGGGUUGUGAACAAAACACAGAAGGUACCUGGAGUGACAUCUCCCUAUCGGAUGUUGAAUCCAGCACAAGUGGCUCCAAUAGCUCCCAGUCAGAUGGCCCUCCUGCACAUUUGCUCAACAUGACAGAGAAGGACUACAAUGAGAAGAAGAAUAAGAAGAAAAAGAAACAUCUGCGGACAAGAAAGGAAAGAAAUGAUUUGCAUCAAAAAUAUGCUCUGAGCCGUACAUUAAAGCACCAGGAAGAUGUAGUGGCAAACCCAAUUUCUCCAUGUCUUGGGAACCUUCAUAGUCUUUCCAAGAGAUCAAGGAGAGACAGCAGUUCAGAAAAGAAGAACAAGCAGAUUAGUCAAGUAAUACGUUCAUGUCAGGAGAAGGAUAUAGAGGAUUCAUUGUCUUCAUUAAUGCAAGCAGAAAACCCAGAGCCUCCCUUAGGUAACCAGAUUGUCCCUGUAGUUCAGUGUGACCUCAAGACCCAGGAUCCUCAGCCCCUCAUCGUAACCAUGAUUCCACCAACACGAGCACAACGAUCAAGCCUCAUAAACUCACCCAUCAAACAGCAUCCACCCCCCUUCCAUGGACAACUCAAAGGAGAAUUCCCUGAGAAACAAAAUGAAGGCCCCUCUGUUUCAUCAUUCUUUCCACCUGCUCUUAGAAUCAGACGGUACAGAUCCAUGUGGUGGAAUGCUGAAGUGCCUUCUGUGACCUUAAUGCUGCGCAGAGGUCUUUCUCUGAAAUCUCAAAUCACUCAGGACAAGAAACAGCUGUGGAAUCUGAAUCAAAGCAGGUCACAAGUACUUCCUAACCAAGAAUUCAGAUGGAAACCCCUGAAUAUUGACCAACUGCUUUUGGGGGGAGAGAAUGAACACCAUCAUGUCAAAGUCAAGGGAAUACCAAAGGAGAGUGGUCGAAAACAUUCCUCACUAGAGCGGAGAGUGGCUGGUCCCAAGUCAGGGGCUGUGCUAUUCCCAUGA